ACAUGAUUUUUUUUUUCAUCAGUUGAUGGGAACACGGCUAGCUAGCCUGCUGGCUAAAUAAGCUUACUUUUUACUACAAGUUCGUGUUAGAUGUUUAUGGCAAUCAAUAUUUUAUUUUAAGCAAGUCUGAGUCUUACUGACUUCAGGAACCUCGCGGCUAACGAUAAUGCAAGUCUUUCAUUCAAUAUUUGCACUAGCUAACUAACGUUAGGUAGCUAUUGUAAAUUGUCUUACGGUCUCAUAUUCAUAGUUCAUAUUUUACGCUUCAUACUCUACGAUAACUUCAGCUAGUUAUCUUGUGUGUCAGUCUAAAUCCAUCCAUUUGGAAUCACGGCUAAUGUUAACUAUCUAACUAGUCAGUUAGCCUGACAGCUGGCUAGCUAUUGAACAGGUUGCAAGUCCUCCAUCAUCACAUCUGCCAGGCGGACUCAACCAGCAUGGAUUACCAGAACACAGCGAAUGCAGUUGGGGACUGUCUUUUGAGCUACACCAAGGACGAGUCUGGGUGGAAAGUCUGCAAGAAAUCGAAUGACGUCAUCGUGUCCUGGCGGCCAUCGACUGAGUUCCCUGGGAAUGUAUAUAAGGGGGAGUCGGUGGUGAAGGGAAGCCCAGAGAAGGUAUGGGAGUGUCUGAAGCCUGUGCCAAAUGGACUGCGGGUGAAAUGGGACAACAAUGUCAAGAAGUUUGAGCUGAUAGAGCAAGUCACUGAGAACGUCACUGUCUGCAGAACAGUCACUCCAUCAGCAGCCAUGGGCAUCAUAGCUCCCAGAGACUUUGUCGACGUUAUUCUAGUGAAGCAAUACGAAGAUGGCACCAUUACAUCCAAUGCCACCCACGUGAACCACCCCAGCUGCCCUCCCCAGUCAGGGUAUGUGAGGGGCUUCAACCACCCCUGUGGCUGCAUCUGUGUCCCCAUCUCUGGGGAGCCAAACAAAACCCAGCUGUUCAGUUUCUUCCAGACGGACCUGGGGGGCUUCCUGCCUCGCUCCGUGGUCGACUCUUUCUUCCCAUCCAGCAUGGUGGAGUUCUACAGCAACCUGGCCAAGGCCAUCAAGUCCCUCAAGGACCACUGAUACACUCAUACUAUACCUUCCCUUAGCCCUGGUCCGAGAUCUGUUUGUGCUGCAUAACCAACUCCUGGCACCAGGUGAUACUCAGAUCUGGGACCAGCAUUCAGCGGGACCAAAAAACACAAUGAAUUAGCUAUGUGAAUGGUUUAGUUUUAAAGAGGCUAUAUGGAACUUUUCACCUCAGGGGGCUUUUUAACUGAAAGGGACAGAUUGAUGUAAAUGGAUUUGAAAAUUCCUUAUUUGAGAGCAUGGGGCACACCUCCCCAGACCAUAUCUUUCUAGACAAAAAAUGAGGAUUGUGUUUCAUGAGUAAAUAAAUAUUUUAUAUCAACCAUACAGGCAACACUCAAGCAAAAAUGUAGAUAAACAAUUAGCCAUUCAACUUCUGUGCAGCCUCUUUAAAAGAGUGGUCACCUGGCCUUGGCUUGGAGCAAACUGUAUCUGAGCUUAAAGGGAGAUGAUAUUGGAUGAUAUGAGGGAAGGAAGUGUGCAGCUUGUUUGUCACAGCACUAAACACAGCUGAUUUGAGGUCUUGGUUCAUUUGUGUAAUAAUGGUGUGUUAGUGCUGGAGCAAAAAGCCUGCACCCCUGGUACUGUUGCUCUCUUGGACCAGGUAUGGUGGCCACUAGUGUAGUCUUACAAAAAGGUUGAGUGUCUGUUCUAAUUUCAUUCAUUCAACCCUGGAAAAAGAUUGAAUAUGAAUUUCUCAUAGAGGUUGAUGUGCAAUUUUCUUGAGUUGAAGCGAUUGAAAUGGAAUUGACCUUAGCCCUGAUGUUAAAGUUGCAAUUUGUAAGUUAUUUUUCCCUCUAUUGUAACAAGAAAGAGUACCAAAAACAAUAGUCAUGAACCCACCCCCAAAAACACAUGUUACAUUAUUGGACAUGAUGUAGUUCCUGUUCUUCUUGGUUUGUUUUUUUUCUUCAUGUGGGUACACUAGCAAACACCCUGCCUCUUAGUCCUCGAACCGGAAAUCCAACUUACAGACCACACCUUUAAGCACUCUGGGCCGCACCUUUAAGACUAGAUCUAGAGAGGUCAAUUUUGCCAAACUCUACUUCCAAAACAAAUAUUUCCUGUACAUUUCCUAUUUAGUGAUGCAUUUCCCCCCUUUUUCCCAUCACAAAAGAAUGAGAAUAGAUUUGAAAUCUAUAUUUUGUAUUUAGUGUCCUAAACACACGGAGGAUAUGUCCUCCUUCCCUUUUGUGCUGUUGAAUACAGUCCAUUCUGUUACACUGGCUGCAUCCUACCUACAGUACCAUGCAUGUUGCAUGGACCUUACAGGAACCCCAGAAUGGAAUCGGAUUCCAUUGGGACGAGUCAUACCUCAUUUUUUUGUUGUCCUUUGUAUACGGUAGUACUGUACUUGAAAUGUUCUGGUUUAACCUGUCUCCACAGCCCUUUAACCAAUACCUAAAGAUGGAAUCCGCAGUAGGGGGAAACGCUGCUAACGGAUUGUUGUUGCUGAGCUGAGGAGCGUCGUGCAGCAUGGUUAUGAAAUGCAGUACAUAUUGUGUUCUUCUAUCGUGCAGCAUGGUUAUGAAAUGCAGUACGUAUUGUGUUGUUCUAUCGUGCAGCAUGGUUAUGAAAUGCAGUACGUAUUGUGCUGUUCUAUCGUGCAGCAUGGUUAUGAAAUGCAGUACGUAUUGUGUUCUAUCGUGCAGCAUGGUUAUGAAAUGCAGUACGUAUUGUGUUCUAUCGUGCAGCAUGGUUAUGAAAUGCAGUAC